CUAGCACCCCCCCCCCCGCUCCCUCGACUCCACGGCCCUGCAUCCACGGCUCCAUCUACUACCACGACCGCCCAGCGACCGGCCUGUCUGCCGCAUAUAUUGAUAGCUGCUAGAUCGGGCUUCUAUAUCUCUGUCGCCUUGCGUGCUUGCUCCAGCAUCUAUCCCGAAAGAGUUCAUCCAAUAGACGCUGUGGCCCUCUGCGACUAUUUUCGUCCUGAUUGGCGAAACACGGCGGUCGCAUCUUCGGGCUGCAAACUCGAACCCGGGGGAGAAGCUGCUCUGACCUUCUCUCGAAUACACCAGCGCCCAUUCCGACGCCGGUGACUCUCCGCACGGCCACGCUCGCUGUCAAGUAAUCGCUGUUGCCGCCCCCUCAGUCACAGCACACGGCCCCUGCUCCCAUACUUCACCAUGGCCGAAUCCGCAUUUAAGACGAAGACGAUGAAGAGGAAGAAUGUGAAGGGUCUGGCUCUGAGCGCACCCCCCAAGGCUCCCGUACCCUCUGCCGGCGACGCACAAAUACCUGGGGCUCUCGGAAACGACGAGGGGCGCGCUGACACACUUGAGAUUGGCGUGGAGUUCCGGCUGGACCUCAAGGCAGAAGACUUAAUAGUUCUGCGCGAGCUUGGCUCCGGAAAUGGCGGGACCGUGAGCAAGGUGCAACAUGCUGCUACCAAGGUCAUAAUGGCGAGAAAGAUCAUUCACGUAGAGGCAAAGAACGAGGUGCGGAAGCGCAUCGUGCGUGAGCUGCGUAUUAUGCACGACUGCAACUCCGACUACAUCGUGGCGUUUUACGGGGCCUUCCAGAAUGACACCGGAGACGUGAUAAUGUGCAUGGAGUACAUGGACGUGGGUUCGCUCGAUUGGGUAUCGAAAACCUUUGGUCCAGUUCGUGUCGAUGUCCUGGGCAAGAUCGCAGAAGCCGUUCUUGGCGGCCUGUCGUAUCUCUAUCAGACCCACCGCAUUAUGCACCGAGAUCUCAAGCCCUCCAAUAUCCUAGUCAACUCAAAGGGCCAGAUAAAAUUGUGCGACUUUGGGGUUUCCAGCGAAUUGGAGGGCUCUAUUGCCGAGACCUUUGUUGGGACAGGAACAUAUAUGGCCCCAGAGCGAAUACAGGGUUCUCCAUAUACGGUCAAGUCGGACGUCUGGAGUGUCGGUCUCACUCUGAUGGAGCUUGCAAUCGGCAAGUUCCCUUUCAACAACAGCGACAAUGAUGGUGAUGAGCCAGGAGGUCCGCAAGGUAUCCUGGAUCUUCUUCAACAGAUUGUUCUGGAGCCGGCGCCGAAGCUACCCAAGAGCGAUGCGUUCCCUUCCAUUCUGGAGGAUAUGAUUGCGAAGUGUUUGUUGAAAGACCCAACCGAUCGGCCAACUCCAAAGGAACUCUACGAGCACGACCCAUUCUUGCUUGCUGCCAAACGUACUCCAGUCGAUCUUGAGGCUUGGGCCAUCAGCAUGUUAGAACACAACAAGCGCAAGUCACAUCUCGCUCCAAGUGCACCUUCGCCAGCAGUCCGCGAGAAGCUCCGCGAACGAUCUCCCCCAAAGAAUGUAGAACGAACACCAACAAACAUUGAUUCCAAAUAUGCCGAUACAAACGGUUCGGGUGCCGCUCCAGCUCGACCAGCAUAUCCAAUCCGAACCUCAAGCGCAUCAAGCGGACAAAACAUCAUGGCUCUUCCAAUCAGACCCGCGCCACCACCAUCCGCCGGUUCUCCUCAAGUGAGGGUCCCGCCUAACGGAGGCCUGCCAGCCGCACCAAGGAGGUGGAAUAGCGAAGUAUGAGCAGAGAUCAUCUGGAGAUUUUUUGUAAAGUGAGCUCGGUCAUAUUAAUGGGGCAUCUCCGCUAUAACUCUCCAUCUCCGCGUGUCGUCCGCAUGUCGUUUGUGCUAUCUUGGGUUAUCCUGUACAUGAAGAAAGUUGGACAAAAUGAAUGGAAUGGUAGGCAUAGUACAGUACCCGGAUCUUUUUAUUACCCCGUGCGUUCGCUUCUUUGGCGGAUUUUCCUGACGAUUCUUGCAUUCUACGGCGCACACCCUGAUUCCGAGCGUCUUGGGGCCUGGCGCCUCGAACGCGGACGUUGGUUUAGGAAGAGGCGGUGAGGAUUUUAAGCUGCGUGUACGCUGUUUGAGCAUUGAAACGGGCAUUCGGGAAGGUUUGUAGUUAGUAGAAGGGUGCCAUAUUUUAAUCAUCUUGGAGUGAACCGCUGAUCUGUGAACGCUUUGCCUUCUAUCGGUCCUUCCAAAACUACCCUUGUAUCUAAUUCGAGCAACGGGCACCUUUG